AAGCUAAAACUAAAUAAAAAACUAGAAAAAGCACAGAAAUUAAAAACUAACAUUAAUAAAAUGAAAGAAAAGCUUAAAGUACUAACUGAAAAUGAUAUAGAAAAAUUAGAAAAAGAAGAUUCACUAACAGAGAAUGAUGUACAAGAACUAUUAAGAGUAACACAGGUAGAUUCUGAGAUAUCAGAAGUAAUAGCAGAAAUAACGCAAGAUGAAGAAAGGAGAAGAAAAUGGGAUGAAUAUUACAUGAAGAUAGCCUGUUUAGCUGCUCUAAGAAGCAAAGAUCCAAGCACACCAGUUGGUGCUUGUAUUGCUGAUACUAAAACUCAUCAAAUAGUUGGGAUUGGAUAUAACUCAAUGCCUUAUGUUAAAGGAAGAAAUAAUGAUAAAAUAUUCUCAUGGAAAGGAUCUAAAGCAGAAGGAAUACCAUAUCAUGAAAAGAAAUAUAAUUAUGUUGUUCAUGCAGCAGUUAGUGCUGUCCUUAAUAAAACUAGAGAGAGCAUUGAAGGAUGCACAAUAUACUUGACACAUUUUCCUGACAAAGAUUGUGUUCACGCAAUCAUAAAAGCUGGAAUAAGAGAAGUGGUUUACUGUAUGUACACAAGACAUGAGGAAAGAGAGGAAAAGGAAGAUAUGAUAGUAGGUAAAGAAAUAUUGGAAAGAACUGCUGUCAAAUAUAGAAGAAUGGAAAACAUUGGUGGAGAAUUGAAAAAUAGAAUAGAGCAGGAGAUUAAACCCCAAUAUAAAAAAAACAAAAACAAAUGGCCAACUGAGCCAGUCCAAGGUUACAUAACAUGGGAGAAAUUCUUUAUGAAAAUAGCAGAACUAUCAAAAGAAAGAUCAAAUCAUAAUCCUCAAUAUAAGGUGGGAGCAUGUGUAGUGUCACCAAAGAAACAAGUAUUAGCUGUUGGAUAUAAUGCAUACCCAGAAGACAUGAUACAUGAUGAGACUGAAGAUGAAGAAAAAGAUAAUAAAGAAUCAAAUUAUAUUUCCCAUGCUGAAUACAAGGCAAUAUUAGGAAUAUCACCAUCAGUUGAAGGGUGUACAUUAUAUGUCACUAAAUAUCCUUGCCACAUGUGUGCUCAAGUUAUAGUACAGUCUGGUAUUAGGGAAGUGAUAUAUGAUAAACCAGGAGAAUGGGACAAAGAUAGCUACAUAAGCUCAAGGAAGACAUUGGCUGCAUGCUUAGGAGAUGACAAAAUUAUAGAUAUAAGAAGUUAUGAAAAAAAAUUAGAUUCAAAAAUUUCCAAAGAAUGUCAAACUCAAAGUAUUGUAAAGGAUCAAGCUACAUUCCGUACAUGCACAUAUAUAAUAGCCAUUAUCUUUUUUAAAUUUUUGUUCAUUAUUUUUGUGUGUGUCACUAUAAAAUCUAUAUGUAAAUUCUAAUUAUUAUAAAUUUUGAUGUCUGCUGUAAAUCAUAUUUGUUGUAAAUUGUAUUUGGUAUUUGCAUUGCGUACAAAUUAAGGUUUUUGAAAGUU